ACAAUCAAUUGAUCUGACCGCCUAGUACAUACCCCUGUUCCCCAUGUCCAUUAAAGUGCUAUGCCCCGCUAAACUUUUCGAGCUACCCAGUGCCUUGUCGCAAUUGUUGCGAGGCUGAAUGAUUUAAUCAUUUAAUCAACUGAAGACAAGACAACAUUGAAGCCAAAAUAAGACGAAACCUACUACAUAAUACAUACACCUUCAACGGUGUAGGUUUUACUUCCAAACAGUACUCGGUCGUCUUUUAAUCUUUGAUAGCAAACCCGUUUAUCGCAAGCAUGGGUUCGACCGCCGAACCUUUUUAUAUACGUUACUACUCAGGUCAUUCCGGCCGAUUUGGUCAUGAAUUCCUCGAAUUCGACAUCCGAGUCGUAGGAGACGGCCGCAGUGCCGUGGCCCGCUACGCCAACAACUCGAACUACCGAAACGACAGUCUCAUCCGCAAAGAAAUGUGCGUCAGUUCGUUGGUAGUAGACGAGAUCAAGCGGAUCGUCAAGACGAGCGAGAUCAUGAAGGAAGACGAUGCCAAAUGGCCGCAGAAGAACAAGGACGGUCGUCAGGAGCUGGAGAUCCGUGUGGGUAAUGAUCACAUAUCAUUCGAGACAGCAAAGAUCGGUUCUUUAAUCGAUGUUACGGAGUCGGCAGAUCCCGAGGGACUCCGAGUGUUCUACUACCUAGUGCAAGAUCUGAAGGCGCUCGUCUUCAGUUUGACUUCGCUUCAUUUCAAGAUAAAGCCCAUCUCGUGACGGUGAUGGUAAUGAGAUAAGCAAAGCAAAAUAUACAAGAGAGAGAGAUGAGAGGACAGGGAGAU